AUGAAGGACGGAUCAUUUGUGGAUUAUUUUGUUCUGUGGUUCGCAAUGGCUACUUUUGUCCAUGCUGUGGAGAAUAAAGGCGUUUGCCCUGAGCUUUGUGCGUGUGAGAUUAGACCGUGGUUCUCCCCAAGCUCUGUUUAUAUGGAGGCUCUUACUGUUGACUGUAAUGAUCUGGGUCUUUUUAACUUUCCUUCAAGACUACCUGCUGGUACACAAGUUCUUUUACUGCAGACCAAUAACAUCGCCAAGAUUGAAAACACCUUGGAUUACUUGCCCAAUAUCACUGAGAUUGACCUUUCCCAAAACAACCUAUCCUCAAUAAGUGACAUCAACCUGGGCAAGCUCAAUCACCUUCUGUCCCUUCACAUGGAAGAAAACUGGAUUAGAGUUUUACCAGAUAAUGCCCUUUCCCAACUAGCCAACCUUCAAGAACUCUACCUGAAUCAUAACCUUCUGUCCCACAUAUCACCCGAGGCCUUUCAUGGCCUUCACAACUUGGUCAGACUGCAUCUUAACUCAAACAAGCUUCAGAUCGUAAACAGCGAUUGGUUCAAGUCUCUGCCCAACCUUGAGAUCCUAAUGAUUGGAGAGAACCCGAUUCUUUCUCUGGAGGACAUGAAUUUUCAGCCGCUAAAAAACUUGCGCAGUCUCGUCCUGACGAGGAUGAACUUGACACAGAUUUCCAGUCAAGCCCUGGCAGGCCUGGACAACCUGGAGAGCAUCUCAUUCUAUGACAACUCUUUCCCUGAGGUUCCUCAUGGUGCUCUUAGACAUCUCAAGAACCUCAAGUUUUUGGAUCUAAACAAAAACCCAAUCGGGCGAAUACAGAAGGGUGACUUUCUUGACAUGCUGCAUCUGAAAGAACUGGGCAUUAACAGCAUGCCAGAGCUGGUCUCCAUUGACAGAUUUGCCCUCAACAACCUGCCAGAGCUGACAAAGAUCGAAGCUACAAACAAUCCAAAGUUGUCCUACAUCCAUCCCAACGCUUUCUACAGACUUCCCAGGCUGGAGACUCUUAUGCUGAAUGGUAACGCACUUACAGCUCUGCACAGGAUCACAGUGGAGUCUCUUCCCAAUCUGCGAGAGGUCAGCAUGCAUUCCAACCCCAUCCGCUGUGAUUGUGUUGUACGCUGGAUGAAUAUGAAUAAAACAAACAUCCGCUUCAUGGAACCUGACUCCUUGUUCUGCGUGGAACCGCCUGAGUUUGAAGGUCAGCAUUUACGGCAGAUUCACUUCAGGGAGAUGAUGGAGAUCUGCCUGCCUCUUAUCUCUCCAGACAGUCUGCCCACUCAAGUUGCUGUGGGAAAUGGCAGCUCCUUGUCCUUGCACUGUCGGGCCUUUGCUGAACCAGAGCCUGACAUCUACUGGGUCACUCCUUAUGGAAACAGGGUCCUCCCAAACAUAGUCGCAGAUAAGUUUUACAUGCAUCCGGAGGGCACGCUUGACAUUUAUGAUAUUACAGAGGAAGAAGCGGGACUUUACACCUGUGUGGCACACAAUCUCGUUGGUGCAGACUUGAAGUCUGUCUCCGUGGAAGUGAACGGAUACUUUCCCCAGCCGGCCAGCGGUUCUCUAGAAGUCUUCAUCCAGUCUGUGCAGACCAACUCUGUCUUUGUGGCCUGGAAAACCUCUCACGGCAGCCUUGCAGCAAAUAUAAAUUGGUACACAGUUCCCAACGUCGACCACCCGACUGUGGCCUUCACGGCCAGGGUACCGUCUGAUAUAAGGAUGUAUAAUCUGACGCAUCUCAUUCCGUCCACACAGUAUAAGGUGUGUGUCGACAUCCGCACCAUUUACCAGAAACACAAUACGAAAUGUGUCAAUUUGACGACUAAAGGAGAGGAACAAAUUGCCAAGGACGCUGACAAAUGGGAUAUGACAGUGAUUACCAUGCUGGGUGUUCUUCUCACUAUCAUCUCGGUGGCUUGCCUGCUAAUUUGCAUGUUUCUGAGGAACUACCGCCAUUACACAGAGUUAAGGAGAUGCCCAUCCAAAACAGACCUGAUACCCGAGGCUGGAAGGCAGUCUCCGUUCACAGGGCUCUGGGUUUCAAGAAAAGGGGGGAUGCCAGUUGCUGUUGAAGUAAAACCUACCGUCAUAACAGUGGUGGACUUCUAAAAAGCAAACUACUCAAAUGGAAGAGAUGUCUUCUCGUUUAACCAGCGCUAUAUCUUCUAUUCUAACCAAGCUGGAAAUGGUGAUGGAAUCAGGAUCUUUGCAAAGAGGAGCAUAAACGUUUAGAUAAAAAAGGACUAUAAUUUAAAGAUGGUGAUCAUUUUUGGUGUGGAUGGUAAAGAAUGGAAACGAUGGUGGUAUUUUCUAUAAAUGACUGUUAAUCAUGUACACAGUAGUGAAGCAGUCCUUGUGAAGCAAUACCGUCUGUGCUGUACACCCAUAGACGUGUUAGAGAGGCCAAUUGUUUUUUAAAAGGGGAACAUCUAGUAGAAUAGAAAAUUAUAGUGACUAUGGUGUAAAUUUUGAUGAAAUAUAUCUUUUUUUUUCCUAUUUAAUAGAGAAUUUUGACUACAUUGCUCAUGGCUACAAUUGUUAUAUUCUAUCCAAAAAUGUAACAGAUACUUUUGGUGCAGUAGCCAGACAUUAAAACAGUGUGAAUUAUCUACAGUAUGUAAGUAACUUGCAUUAUGAUGCCACACAUUUGCUAAAUAAAAUGUUGUACAUGGUUAAGAAUAGCUUCUUUAAGAAUUAUCCGGUCUUAUCAGGAUGCGGUGUUAAAACACAGCACACCACUCACAAAUUUAUCACCAGAAUUCCGUUACGAGUUGAAUAAGCCAGGGUAAGUGCCUACUCCAGAACAUUUGUAAACCAGGAAAACGUCUGAAUGUUGCUCAUUAUUGUUUCCUUGUCAGAUCAAUGAAGGACCGAAAUAAUGCAGACUACAGCCUCGCCUCAUAACAGUCUCAGCGUUUCAUUGGAAAUACGUACUGUCCCAGUGCUUUUAGCAUUCACACGGUUCAAAAGCAUCGCCUUCGUGCUUUUGGUGUUCAGAAAGCCAUUUUUAUAUUGACUUUGCUGUCUGUGGUACCUAAGCACACUAGUCCAUGAGACAGUGCAGAGAAGAAAAUACUGAAUAAACGUUGCCGUCUUUUUGCAAUCAGGAUGUUUUCUGCUCUGCUUUCUUUUGAAGGAAGGGAAGAAAGCUCUCCAAAUUUAAACGUCUUAUUACUUAGUCCUGCUUUGUGUUGACCUUUCAUUUUUGCAAUGAUGUUUUUAGUGGUAGGAAUCUGUAUUUACAGUUUAUUUUUAUGAUUAAUCACUUUCAGUACUGAGUUCAUUUUUUUUCCUUACACAACUCCCUACACAGUUAGCAUAACAGCGUUCUUUGUAAACCGAACUGUAGAUCUGUGGAUCAUUUUCACUGCUUUGACCCGAAAUGUAUUAAAUAUUCACAUCUUUUAAAGUUCAGGAAUACUUUUCUCACUCCAUUCACAUUUACAGACACUACAUGUUUAGGUGAGUUCAGG